AUGUCGGCUGCGGGCGGAUGGACGGUCACGGGACACGGCGUCGCUGCGUCCCCGCCCCUCCCAACGCGGGCUCGGCACCGCCUCCUCGACUCUGGCCUGCUCCCUGGUGGCACGGCUUUCACCUCGCGGCCUCCGUGGCUUCAGGAUACUACACGCCAACAUACCAGCAGCCUGUUGCCUUUUGCCCUCCCGACCUUGAAGAAAUGUGAUCGCCGGCACCUCUCAGCGAGUCCCCCACACCAGGACGGUUGGGAGAAGGUCACCGCGAUGGUUGUACAUUUGAACAGACCGGGACACCGUGCUGCAGCGAGGGGAGGCGGCUCCUGCCCUGCCUUGCGCGAUAGGCCUGAGUUGGGGGGCUCAGAGCUGCGGGUCGAGCGUUCAGCAGGGGGCGCUGCUCCGGGCGCUGGGCGGGGGUGGGGUGGGAGAGGAGGGGGGCAGCGGCUUGCUGCGCACACUUCCCCCGUUAUUAAACACUAUGUUCAAAAGGCGUCGGGGGACUUCCCGGAGCCACGGAGCCCGUGUCGCGCGACCGAACGGCGCACGGAGCCCAUGGACCUGAAUGCCUGCCGUCCCAGAGACGGGCUAGAAGCUGCUCCGAGCGGCGGGGGCAGGACCAGCCUGGAGCCCCGGGGGAGGCGGCGGCCGGCGGACCCUCUCCCGGCUCCGGGCCCUUCUGCUCACCAGACCGCCGCAGGAACGGCUCGGUGGUGCAGCACCAUUGAUGAUGUCGCUUUACCGGAGCCUGGCUGGGAGGGCUCCGGCCACCGCAGCCUCGGGGCACCACCUCGCGGACUCCAUCACCGGCUUCAUAGACCAAGCGCCUCAAGGAACUUUUCAAGUUGGUGGCUGUGGGACCACCAGGAACAGCCAAGAAACAAGGAAAGCUCACCGUGGAUUUAGAAGAACCUAUCGCUAAGCUGGGCCUUCCUUUCCAUUCCGCUGAAGGGACAGGGUGGCGUGGAGGGGAGGAGGUCUUUGCCAUGGUGAAGCUGUGUUCCCUUUCUGGCCUAGUCUCCGGGCCAAUUUGCACUGGACACUGGGGUUAGUGAGGAUGUCUAGUAGGCUGGGUUGGGAGAAGAGAAGGAACCAAAGGGGAAAAUGUUUUUUAGAAAUGAGAAUUUUUCCGUUUUGCACAGCCAGGGGUCUCGCAGCUCUCUGGGGGGCGCUCAGCCCAGCACUAAGGGGCAAUUGUCCUACAGAACAAGCAUCCGAGAAAGUGCACGCCUUAUGUUGUGCCCACUUGGCUUUCAGGUCACCCCUGACCAGAAGUCUGACCUACCCUUUAGGCACAGGCAAGGCGCUGGAGCAGGCAGCUGAAUUGAAGAGGCCUUACGGUUUCUGGUACGGGGGUGCGGUGGUGUGUUCUUGGCCCCCACAGCUCAACGAUUAGGUGUGUAUCUGUGGUCACAGCGAAGGCCUAAGAACUAAAGCUUUAGGUGGAGAAAGACAAGAAAGAACUGGCUGCACUCGUUCUGAACCACUGCCUGCUUCUAUGGGCCUUCCUGGGAUGUUAUGUAUCAAGCACAGAAAAGCCAAACCAAGCUGUCCCCAUGGCUGCGUGUACUGGCUCUACUCUCAAUCAGCGCUUUCUGUUUCUGUCCUUCCCAAGAGCUGAGUGUGGAUCUGCGACCCUUCUUCCGCUGCUGCUCCUGCUGCUGUCCACAUGCCCCGAUGCGACAUCUCACCUACUGAACACAUCUCACCUACUGAACCCGCUGUCCCUGCAACACUGGGCUUCGGCUGGCCAGGCGACAGGCGUGCACUGUUGGUGAUCUCCUCCCGCACACAGAGUGUUCCAAGGUAGUUGCUGAUUCUUGAACCUGCUUAUGGCUUGAUGCUGUGUAAGUAGGCCGAGUGGGCAGUGGAAGGCGGCACAUAGUGAGUGGCCCACAGCUUAAAAAGUAAUUUAAACCUGAUUCUGAUACUGUUAUUUUAAGGAAAUGGCAAAACUCGAAGCAGUGGUAAUGCCAUCAAGGCUCAAGUCCAUGCUGUUCCCACCCCGGCUAAAGACAGAAUUAAUUAGUUUCAGGGAAGUCACUUUCAUUUUGCAGUGACACCCACUGUUCCUCAGCUUGGCUCCUAAGAAGAUUGGGCAGGAGAGGUUUUGAAAACUGAAAUCUCCUUGUUGGCAGUCUUCCAGCUUGGAUUUGGCCAGAACAGAGCUCCAAGGCUUGCAGGCUGCUGUAGUUGAGCAUCUGCCUGCUGCCCAGCCUGGCCACUUGGGCGGCUCUUGAUGACAUUAUGUGUAGUCGGAGGAAGGUUUUUCCAUUCCCGCCAAGGCUCUGCAAUCCCAUGGCCUGCUUAUAAAAUAAUCACUCAGAAGCUUAUAUUAAUUAUAA